AUGUCUCCAGAGGUUCGUGCAAUGCUAGCACAGGGGAUUGAGGAAACAGGUUUAGAGGUGGACGAAGACGGCGACGACGAGGCGGACACGGCAGCUGAGGGAGACGGUUACUCCCGGUCCGUCUACGCCAUGAGCAUGUAUCCCCGCGGCCUGCCCACUCACCAGGUCGAGAGCCCAUACGAAAACGGGCACGACUCGGCGACGAUUGACUCGGCUCGAACACUGUAUGCCGAGGAUUUCGAUUUUGUCGUGGAACACGGGCGGCAAUACUGCGGAGACUACUUCCUGCCCAUCGACCAGACGGAGCAGACACGCCAAUAUGUCAUCCACCAGGUCUUCCUGAAGGUCUUUGACCUCGAGCUGACCACGGUUCCGCUCGAGAACCCCCGCUACAUUCUUGACAUUGGCACCGGCAUAGGGGAAUGGGCUAUCGGCAUGGCCGAGAAGUACCCGCAGUGCGAAGUGUUCGGCACCGACAUUGCGCCCAUCCAGCCCACACACCAGGUUCCCUUCAACAUUGAGUUCCACAUCGAGAACGCCGAGGAGGAAUGGAUCCGCCCCGCAAACACGGUCGAUCUGGUGCACUUCCGCAACAUGGAAGGCGCCUUCUCCAAAUGGCCCUUCGUCUACAGCCAAGCCUUCGCAUGCCUCAAACCGGGCGGCUGGAUUGAGGUGGUUGAUUGGGAAGACUUGUUCGCCGACAGGAACUACCUGUCCUUUUUCCCGGAGGGCUCGGCGCCGCGCAUCCUGAUCAACGCAGUGCUCGAGGCCGCGGCGCUUGCCGGCAAGCCGCACGACUCGCGGCACCUCCUGGGUGGGGACAUGCUGAUGAAGGCGGGCUUCGUCGACGUGCAGGAGACGGUUUACGACCUGGGCAUCGGGUCGCGCGAGAACAGCAGCUACGGCAAGUUCUGGCUCUUCUCCAUCGUCACGGGCAUCGAGGCCCUGUGCCUGCGCCUGCUGACAAAGUAUCUGGGGUGGGACGCCGACGAGGUGCGCGACCUGUGCGACAAGGUGGCCCGCGAGACGAGGAUGGUGGCCGACGACCCGGCGCGCGUCGACUCAUUUGUGAUUAAGCUGCGCGUCGUCGUCGCCAGAAAGCCGACGGUGCCCGGGCAGUGGUCCGCCAGGACGCUGAAUGAGAGUGCCGAGGUGACGGGGUACAAUAGUGGGGAUGAGAGCACCAUUGGAGGGAGGACCAUCCGGUCUGAGGAGACGGCAUGA